AUGCCGACUACCGGCGGCCUUUAUCUCCCAACGGAGAUUCUUUUGAUCAUUGCUGCAAUGCUGUGGUUCGAUCAAUCGUACGACCCCGAUGGAAUGAAAAUGAUGGAACGGCAAAAGACCUUCUACAACUUUUGCCUCGUCUCACGACAGUGGUACUCGGUUGGCACCCCUCAUCUCUACAGGGUUCCUCAGAUAUGGCAGGGAAACAAAUUUCUGCAAUUCACCAAUACAGUAUGCCCACCUCGAGGAGCUAAAAAAAGCCAAAUGGACUUUGGCUCCCUGGUGAAGAUACUGCAUUUGGGCUCUCUGGUGCAUCAGAGCUCGAACAGCUUGACCUCGCGACUCUUGAGCCGUGUCAAGAAAAGUCUAGUCGUGUUCAUUGCUCCGCAGACUGGUAUCUCAGUCAAUAGCCUGGCAUCGAUCGCUAAGUGCCAUCAAUUGCGCCAACUUGACUUGAGCUUGGUCCGCGGCGGUAUGAUCGGCUUUUCACUCUUGAAAAGAACCGUCAGCAACCUCCCAGAGCUCUUGACUCUCAAUCUGCCAUCUGGCAUGGAACUCGCCACCUCGACUGGGCACUGGCCUUCAAAGCUUUCUUCCAUGGUUAUCGGUGGUACUCUGAGUGCGGAUCUGAUGGCGGAUUUUGACUGGCCUCCAAACAUUCGCCGGAUCGAACUGAAACAGUGCAAGAAUCUGGACACCCCGAUCCUGGAGAGCCUUCUUUCUAACCAGCAAAUCCGCACAAAGCUUGAAGCGCUCAUCAUUGACCGAGACAACCGGGACAUGUUCACCGAUGAAUUGGAUACGACUGUGCUGUACGGGCUUGAACGACUCUUCUACCUCAAGGUUCCCCUCGACUUCGUGGAGUUCUUGGCCAUUCUGCCCCACCCUCGGAACUGCACUCCCUCCCUCUUCGGAUCCUGGAGCUCACAAGCCACCUUGGACCAGAACCUCCGUCAUUUGUGGGCUCUUGGAGUAGGGGAAAGCUCCCUCCGUUACAUUGAAGAGGCCUACAGCUCGAUCGAUGACAAGAUCUGGUCACACAUCGAGGCAUAUCCGGAGGAUGAGCUUACCAAAGCGGGCAUCGAUGAUGUGGGCAUCUACACCAUCGAUGAUGAUCCCCUGGAAUAG